UUCUCUCCAUCCUUUCUGUCUGCCUGUCCUUCCAUAUUAAAUAUGGUAGAAUAUCGGGAUAUUGUGGAAUUCUUAACGAGAGGCUUUAGUUUAUUUGAUGAGCUACAUCGAAACAUUUUACGAAAGAUAAUGUUACGGCUGAGGUGAUAAUAGCUCGUUCUGAAGAAUACUUAUGUGGCCUAUGCCUACUAUCUCGCUUUCAGGGAUGGACUAACGAAAUCGUGAAUUUUUUCACAGAUGUUAUUAUGGUUUUUCAAAAUGAAAUUGCAAAACUUUCAAGUUGCCAGUAUAUUGUUUUCGACAUACGAUAAUGUGUUUCGUUGUAAAUAUUUUCGAUUUUGGUAAUAUUGUCCAUCUUGGCGCGCCAUAGUGUGUCUCGGGCUUAUUUCUCGAUAGUUGGUCGCGAUAGUGAAAGUAUAGUUACGAUUUCUUCGUUUGCUUUUUGUGGAUUAACAAUGUGGACUAUGAAUUCGACAUCAAUUUACGAGAGCAACAAUCACGGACCAUAUUCAUCUCAUUUGACUGAAGUAGAAGAUAUGCUACGAAAUUAUCAAAAUUCCAAUGGUCAAAUCACACUUGACGGUCACUCUUUAAGCAUUGGUGACGUUCACAGCAUCUUUACAAACAAGUUUGUCUCGGCUGAUUUGUCAAAAGAAGCUCAGCUGUCUGUAAAAAAUAAUGACGAGUUCUUGAAAGAUAAGGUGAUCGAAGGUCUCUGUGUCUAUGGUAUUAAUACUGGUUUUGGAGGAAGUGCCGAUGUGAGAUCUAAAAAAGUCGGCGCUGUGCAGAUAGGUGGGGUGACUCAUAUUAAGGUAGGCUUUGGAGAAAAGUUGCCUAUUGCUUUAACAAAAGCUUCGAUGUUAGUUAGAGCCAAUUGUAUAGCUUUGGGUUAUUCAGGCGUACAAAGUAUUGUACUCGAUCUUCUUUUAAAGGUUUUGAAUAAAAAUAUAAUCCCGUAUUCCCCAAAGCGAGGGACAGUUAGCGCUAGUGGAGAUCUUAUGUCUUUAGCUUAUAUUGCUGCCUUGCUGGAGGGAAGACCAGGCUGUUUAGUCAACGAUAAUGGUGUUGACAAAGAUGCACCGGAAGCUCUUAGCCAAGCGGGUCUUACACCUGUUGUCUUUCACGGUAAAGAUGUUCUAGGUAUUGUCAAUGCUUCCUCUUGUGCUGCCACUUUAGCUGCUGAAGUUCUUUAUCAAGGAAACAUAGGUAUUGUGUUGACCCAGGCAUUGGUAGCGUUUAGCGUAGAGGCUUUAGAGGGACGUUUGGAAUCUUUUCAUCCAUUGAUACACGAUCAAUGUCUACCACAUGUUGGACAGCGAGAGGUUGCUCGUAAUAUCAGGAAAUUCCUUAAAGGUACAAAGUUUGCUAUAACUGAGUUAGAAAUGAAUAGGGAUUUCCGUGAGGGGAAACUGAAGCAGGAUAGAUAUGGGCUUCGGUCGUCACCUCAAUGGUUGGGACCGACUUUAGAGACUGCAAUGGAGUCAAUGAGACGGAUCAAAGUUGAACUAAAUUGUGUCAGCGACAAUCCUAUCGUGGAUCAUCGAACAGGAGUCAUUCUUCACGGUGGAAAUUUUCAAGGCAGUUCUACAGCUGUUGCUAUGGAUCAGUUUAGGCAAAGUAUGCAGAUAUGUGGGAAAAUUCUCUUUGCUUUGAUGUCUGAAAUCAUGGAUUUCAAAAUCAAUAAUGAUCUCUCGCCCAACUUGUGUGGUGGCGAUCUCAAUGUUGAUAUGGGUUUCAAGGGAACGGAGACUGCAAUGGCUUCGUAUACCUCGGAACUUGACUUUCUCACAAAUCCAGUGUCGAAUCACGUGUUGUGCGCUGAGCUGCGAAACCAAGGCGUCAAUUCCUUGGCUUUGAUUUCAGCUCGCAUGUCCGAGAUGGUGUUGGAGAUCUUUCAAAUGCAAAUUGUGAACAUGUUGACAUCUUUAUGUCAAGCUGUUGACCUUCGUUGGAUUAAGAAGGAUGUUGAAGUAAUACUUGAGUCAAUGCUUAGUGAUUACACCAACCUCAAUAUGAAUGUUUUGUUCAAAUUGAUUCCCUGGUAUCGCUUCUUCUGUUGUCCAAUCGAAGCCGUAAAGUUGAUGGAUAUUGAUGGCUUUGCAGCUAGCCAAGUCACCGCUCUUGGUGAUCAAGUCAAAGCAAAAAUGGACAAGCUGAGAGAGGAUUUGGUUUCUGGCAAGUUCAUUCAGAAAAUUGCGAGUAAUAUGGGUGAAGGUACACGGCUUUUGUAUUUAUUUGUUAGAAAAAGUCUUAGAGUAAAAUUCCACGAUGGAGUCACUCCUCAAGAUGAAAAUUUACAGAUAAUUUAUGAUGCUAUCAAAGAUGGUCGUUUUGAUGAUAUUGUCUCGAAGCUUGCAAGUAGUACCAACAGUUGAUUUCAGCGUUACAAUAUAUUUUACUUUCUGUAUUCAACAAUAUGUAGCAAUGUCGUAGAAACAAGGUGGUGACGAUUUCAACAAGAAAUCGUACAAUUUUAACGAUAGUACUUUCUAGAUUUCUAAAUAUUGGAAGCAAUUUUUUAUUUUCAUUAUGUCGUUAUUUUAAAAGUACCAUCCUAUAGAAAAGCUAUUUUGCAUUUUAUAUUAAAGUAUAACAACUUUUG